AUGAAAUCGGGGCGGUCGCGUUUAGGCUUGCCCGGUCCGACCCACCCCGUUUUCAGCCCCGCAACUUCUCUCCUCUGCUUCCACUCCGACAACCCCUUCGUCCCUAUCGCCCGCUCCCUGGAGCGCCUUCGGUUCCAUGGUUUCCGGCACCGCGACUAUGCCUGGAUGGAGAAGAAAUUCCGUGCCUCUUUCAUCCGCCAUUUGCUUCAACACUUGUCGUCGUCUUCCGAUCUUGUUGUCCCAUCCAAGGUUCGAAUCACAUCCUUUACGUACCCCCGGUUUCCUCUCAAAGGCCGCAACUUUGGCUCAGAAAACCAUUCUAUUCCAUUCCCUUUAUUUUCUGGGAGGGCGAAGCCCUUCUCUAGUGCGUCGAUUCCGUGUUCUGCUGAGAAAUCUGGGUCGACUUCGGCUUCCGCAAAUGAGAUUAGGGGCGAAGACCAUGUAAAUUUUGCUUCAAAAUUGUCUUUUGGUAUCGGGAAAUCGGUUAUUUCUAGGUGUUCGUUUAUUUGGGAGACGAAAGUUGACACCUUGAUGGAGAAAUCUUCUUUGCAAGAUCUUCUCAAGCUAUAUGGGGAUCUGUCCCCAGAAACCACCCGCCGUUUCUGGCGGGUUUCGGCAUUGAAACCCGAAGAUUUCCUUGAAAUAUUAGUUGGUUUUGGCCCCGAUGUCAAUUUAAAAAAGGUUGGAUUUCUUUGGAAGUUGUUCAGGUGGGCUGAGAAGCAGAGCAGAGAGUUCAAACAUCUCCCGAGAUCUUAUGAAAUCAUGAUCUCCAUGCUUACUCAAGCUCGGAUGCUUGGUGAUGCUGAAUCCUUGCUUCUAUCACCAGAUGCAAGAGGAGCCUUUUCCGAUGCUAAUGGAGUAUCCAGUGAGAUCAUUCAAGGGUAUGCUGAGGCUUGCAAAUUAGAAAAUUCAAUGGCUCUGUAUGAUCGAGCAAGAGACUUGGGCUUAGUUCCUUCUGCAUCAUGUUUUCUUUCUCUUCUUAACCUUUUGAUCAGAAUGGAGAAGUCUGAGUCAGUUGUGAGAGUUUAUAAGGAUAUGAUAGAGGUUGGAUUUGGGUCAUAUUCUGGUAGUAGGGUUUUAGAUGUUGUUAUUGGUGAACUGACUAAGGAUGGACAGAUUCUUGAAGCUACAGCUGUACUUAAGCAAAUAAAAGUUUCUGGUAUUGAAGCCAGCCCUAUAGCUCUCUCUGCAAUUGCUGAGGGAUUAUGUAAGAAAAAAGAUUUCAACGAUAUGAUUAAAUUUUUGGAAGAAUGGGAGCACAUCCCUGAAACUUGUAUUUGCAAUAAAAUACUUUCUUCUGUGUGCAGCGAUCUGGGGACUGAAGAGGCAUGGUUAUUUGUCCAAAGGAUGGAGGCUUUAGGCUUCAAGGCAGAUGCUGUGACCUUUGGAAUAUUUAUUUGUGAGAGCUGCAGAGAGAAAAAGUUGAGAAAUGCAUUUUUUUAUUUAUCAGAAUGUUUCUCUAGGGAUCUAAAACCCAAUGCUUAUGCUUAUAAUGCCCUAAUUAGUGGGGUUUUUAAACAGGGACUAUGUAAACAUGCAAAAUAUGUGUUUGAGGACAUGCUUGAAAAAGGGCUAUCGCCGGACCUAUCAACAUUCAGAAUUCUUUUGGCAGGAUGUUGUAUAUACAGAAAAUUUGAUGAAGUUAAACAAGUUCUUGAUGAAAUGAACAAUCAUGGUGUAGUUUUUCUGGGACCUUCAGAUGAUGCUCUUUCCAAAACCUUCAAGAUUUUGGGUCUUAACCAUUUGAAUGUGAAGGUGAAGAGGGAUAAUGAUCUUGGACUUGCAAAGGCUGAAUUCUUUGAUUCUCUAGGCAAUGGACUCUACCUAGAAACUGAUAUUGAUGAGUAUGACAAGUCCUUAACCUGGAUCCUUGAUAGUGCGAUGAUCCCUGACUUUGAUUCUGCAUUAAUCAAGGAAUGUCACCGGGGAAAUCUAGAGGGUGCUCUCAAGGUGAAGCAUGAAGCUGUUCAGUGGAGGCAGAAUUUGUCUAUGUCUAGCUACUUUGAAUUAUUGAAAACUUUAUGUGCAUCCCCACCCCACAUAGAAGAAGCUGUAAGUCUAACAGAUGAGAUGCCGGAUUCAUGUGAUCGGCUUAGGUCUGAGACUCUUAAUUUACUUAAAUGGGCAUUAAUCAAGAAAGCAAUGGCAGCUAAUGUGAAGUUGAUUUUGGAGAGACUGGUCAGAAGAGGGCUGCUGGUUGACAGUGAUGCAUAUACUGCUCUUAUCAUUGGUUUCAGCAAAGAAGGUGAAAUUAACAAACUUCAGCAUUUCUGGAAACUAGCAAAACGAGACAUGUGGUUACCUGAGUUUAAGGACACUAAGGUGCUGGUAAGUUUUCUAUGCAGGUGGGGUUUGAUCAAAGAAGUUCUAGAGCUUUUCGAUAAAAUGGUGGAGAAUUACUCUAAGUUGAUUCCUGCUAUUUUCGGUGUCUUUAUCAAAGAAUUAUGUAUAUCAGGCUAUACAAGUGUCGCGUGUACACUGCUGGAGGAACUUCUCCAGAGGGAUCUAGUCUUUGAUCAAGCAGUUUAUGUGAAUCUAGUAAACGGGUUCUUGAAGGAGCAAAAGUUUGCUGAAGCACUUGGAAUAUUUGAUAUAUUACUUGAGAAAAACAUAACCGCUUCUGCACAUGUGUAUCAACUAUUAAUUCCUUUGUUAGUUAGAUUUGGAAGUGUUGAAAAAGUAAUGAAUUUGAAGCAAUCUCUACUCAGUAAGAAACUGGAAGCUCGUGUUUCUGCUUUUGGAACCAUGGUGAGUGAAUUAUGCAGGACUGGAAAAAUAAAAGAGGCAACCUUGCAGUUGCAAGAAAUGCUAAUUGAUGGAAUAUUUCCAGAUGGUAAUACUUUAAAUGCUUUGUUGCAAGGAUACUGUCAAGAAAACAAUUUGAGGAAGGCAUACGAGAUUCUCAGUGUCAUGGUAAGAAUGCAUGUUAAUCUUUCGCUUUCAGGCUAUCGAAGUUUGGUACGUCAAAUGUGUGCACAUGGUCACCUACAUGGUGCAUUGAGUGUGAAGAAACUGAACCUAGGAAAAAAUCCACAGGAGCUGAUUUUAUAUAACAUUCUAAUAUUUCAUCUCUUUCAGACAGGAAACAGUUUGCUUGUUGAAUCUCUUUUAAGGAACAUGCAUGAUAAAUUCAUAAAUCCUGAUAAAAAUACUUAUGAUUUCCUUGUUUACGGUUUCUCUAAGUGUGGCAAUGCCUCCACAUCUGUUGAAGCUCUGAAUACCAUGAUUGCCAAAGGCCUAAGACCAAGCAAUCGUAGCCUCAGAACAAUAAUCUGUCAUCUGUGCAGUAAUGGAGAAGUUGAUAAAGCAUUAGAACUGAGCAAGGAGAUGGAAUGUAAUGGCUGGAAGCAUGGUUCUGUGGUUCAAAAUGCGCUUGCUGGGCAUCUUCUAUCACGUGGAAAACUUUGCGAAGCAGAACUCUUUUUGGAUCAAAUGAAGCAAAAGGACUUGAUCCCCAACAACAUUCACUAUGACCUUCUGAUUAAGCAAUUUUGUGGGCAUGGGGGCAUAAAGAAAGCAAUUGAUCUGCUGAAUGUAAUGUUAAAGAAGGGAAAACUUCCAAGCGACAUCAGUUACAGUUCAGUCAUUCAUAAGCUCUGCAGUUGCAAAGCAUUUGAUCAUGCUCUUGAUUUCCAUGCUGAAAUGCAGUACAAGAACCUUGCAGCAAGUGAAGAGUCCAGUGAAGCACUCAUUUCAGGCCUUUGUGCUGUUGGGAGAACUGAUGAUGCCAAAGGAAUUUUGGGGAAAAUGCUCCACUAUGGUUCAAUGCCCACUUACAGCAUGUAUAACCAUGUUAUCAAUAGGUACUAUGCUAACAACGAGCUGGAAAAGGCAUCAGAAGUUUUGCGUGAAAUGCAACAAGCUGGGUAUUCUCCUAAUUUUGAGACUCAUUGGUCUCUUAUAAGCAAUUUAAGCAGUUGCAGCAGUAACAAAGAUGACAAUGGCAAUGGCUUUUUAGCUCGCCUUAUUUCUGGGAGUAGACUUCCUGUAAAGAAUUGUAAAGAUAAAGGUGCUUCGGCAUUCAAAUAUACAUCCAUUAUGACUUAAGUUUUGUAAGAAACGUCACAGCAUGUUAUUAUGGUCCAUAAACGCUUUCUGAGUAAAGAAGUGAUUGGGUUGCCAGAUUGAGACUCUGUCUUGAGUGUUAACACACUAGGGAGAACAGAAAUCACCUGGGUGUGAUCCUUUGCAUUAAUUUCCAGCUGAUAACAACUGGAUAUUGUUAAUUUUUCCAGUUUGGUCCUUCUUUGGUGUACAGAAAAGAGGAAUAGAAAACCAGAGGAAUUUUAUGCAGCAAAGGGUUCAUCAAUGUCAGCAUGGCAGCACAAGAAGAUGAAUAUAUAACACCAUGACAAAGAUGGUCGUGUAAAGUUUGCUGAAGCAUUGUUACAUCUACAGCUCGAUCAAUUGUUGCACGGAAUUGAAAAGGUUUGAAAAUGAAAUUCUCCAAAUCCCCUUCAGUGGGUCAUGUGUUUGGAGAUUGCAGAAGAUAUUGCACAGAGUCUUGCAUACAUGCACCAAGCUUUGGCUAGUCCACAGUGAUGUCUAGUCUUCAAUGUCCUUGCAGCUUGAGGCUUGCCUCACUGACAAGCAGCCCCUCGUUUUUUAUAGAAGCGGAUGGUGAGGAUGAGUCAUGACAGAGCAAACCCAAAGUCUGCUCUGUGGCCCACAUCUACUUUUUGCUUGCUGCUGCUGUAGUUUCUCACCGGAAAGCUUCAAUUGGAGCACUUGAUCCUUACUAUGACCGAUCCGCCAGAUUUGGUCCAGUCAGGGAAGGUGAAGAUGCUGAUGAUAAAUGUGCCGAAUAAUGAUCAUUGAAAUUAGAACAGUCUGUAUUUGGUCUUCAUCGGAUAGUUGGCCUUUCACAUGGCAGAUUCUGAAGAUGAUAAGAUAAGCAGAGAAAGUCGACACUGGGAUAGCAACAUCAAUUCAAGCAGCAUUUCAUACAUUUAGCACAUUACGUCCAUAUCUAAUGGACCACCGAAGAUGGUUCUUUAGAUUGGCAAAUUGGUAGUGGAGUUGGUGUUAUUGUACAUGAUACCAAUUUUUGUUGUAAGAUUUGAUUAAAAAAAAAAGGUAGUAUAAAUAAACAUGAUUUUGGGGCUUGAAA